AUGGAUAGCCUCACACCUCCGAACAAUGUGACUGAAUUUUUUCUCUUGGGACUCACGCAGAAUCCACGCUUGCAGAAAAUACUCUUCGUGGUUUUUUUGUUCAUUUUUCUAUUUACUGUGCUUGCCAAUCUGCUCGUUGUCAUCACCAUCUCCCUCAGCCCCACACUUUCCGCUCCCAUGUAUUUCUUUCUUACUUACUUGUCUUUUAUAGAUGCCUCCUACACCUCUGUGACCACCCCCAAAAUGAUCAUCGACCUGCUGUAUCAGAGGAGAACCAUCUCCUUGGGUGGCUGCCUAACUCAGCUCUUUGUGGAGCACUUCCUGGGAGGAUCAGAGAUCAUCCUCCUUAUUGUCAUGGCCUAUGAUCGCUAUGUGGCCAUCUGCAAGCCCCUGCACUACACAACCAUCAUGCGACAGGGGCUCUGCCGCCUCCUGCUGGCGAUGGCCUGGCUAGGGGGGAUCCUGCAUGCCGCUGUGCAGACGCUUUUCAUGGUCAGCUUGCCCUUCUGUGGUCCCAACGUCAUUGACCACUUCAUGUGCGAUCUCUUCCCUCUGCUGAAACUUGCCUGCAGCGACACCUACAGGUUGGGAAUGGUGGUGGCGGCCAACAGUGGGGCCAUGUGCUUGCUCAUUUUUUCCAUGCUACUCAUCUCGUACAUAGCCAUUCUGAGGUCCCUGAAUUCCCACGGCUCCGAAGGACGACACAAAGCCCUCUCAACAUGUGGCUCCCACUUUGCCGUAGUUGUACUUUUUUUUGUGCCUUGCAUAUUCACCUACAUGCGUCCUGUGGUCACCUACCCUGUGGAUAAGCUGGUGACUGUGUUCUUUGCAAUCCUCACUCCCAUGUUAAAUCCUAUCAUUUAUACAGUGAGAAACACAGAGGUGAAAAAUGCCAUGAGGAGUCUGUGGAAGAAGAGAGUUAGUUAGGCUGUUCAUAAUGCCAAGGAAGUGAUGGUAUAUAUAAAUAGGGAAGACUAUAUCUGUCAUAAAGUAUGAAAGAGAAUCAAUAAAUUUUGCAGAUGGCUGACAGAAAAAGUCCCACAUACUAACAUUUA